AUGGCGGAGGAAACUCAGGUGAAAGAGUUUGAACUGACAGAAGAUUCAGAGCUCCGAUUUGAGGUUUUUCGAUUAAAUUGAGGAAAAAUUGAGAGAAAAAUUUUUAGGUUGGAGAUGAAGACGUCGUUUUGGAAUUAGUAAAAGGUUGCGCCGAGGUUUUCGGGACGGACCUUCAGGAGAACAAGAAAUACGCUUUCCCGCCUUGUAAGUUUCAUCUCGAAUGCUGAGCAGGGUAACCCAGCCGUGCUAACACGGGGUCUCCGCGGGUGCCCCGUAUAAUCAUAUAUUAAACCCGUAUAAGCCCAGCUGAUAGAACUUUUGGCAGUUUUUAGCCCAACUGAGACCCCGCUUUAGCCCAGCUGGGUUACCUAUUUUUCUUACACCCGUUGUUCCCCCGUUUUAGCCCAACUGAGACUAAAAUAACCUCAGAAACACGGGUUUAAUAAGGGUACACCCGUUGAGACACCUGCUCAGCAUGCGAGAUGUUUUGGUUUUUUUGAAGAAAGGUUUCUGUGAAUUUUCACUUCUUUGUGUUAAUCUCGUGUAUUCCCGGGAUGGAGAGUUUUAUUUGUAAUUUUAAAAAUUCCGCAAAAGUUUUUUAACAGUUUAAAACUCAGUUUUCAGUCAUUUCACGUUGAAAAAAGACUUUUCUUGCAUUAAAACAGCAAUUUUUGUUCGAAUCCUAUCUCAAAAUUUCAAUUUCUAAUCGUGAUUUAAAUCGAUUGCCUUGUAAUUUCUUUUUGUUCAGACACUAGAGUAGCCGUUUAUACGUGGAAAGAAGCCGUCGUUGAACUGGUCGGACCAGCAGAAAGUGCCUAUGUCGCUAAACACACGCCAAUGGUUGGUAUUAGAAUAAUUUAGAAGGUUUCUACAGUGCCUUCCCGAUCACGUUUUAUUAGAACACCAUGAAAAUUCUACCCUAAACAAAGUUAAGUGUAAAAAUGACAUCUAAAACAAAGGUCUUGAAGCGAAAUUUUGUUAUAUUUAAUCCAAUUUGGUAUACGGUCGUUUGGGAAGAAAAAAAAAACGUGACAAGCUGGCGCGGAAGGGACUAUACAAAGUUUUGAAAUCUAGGUAAUUUAUCUGAACACCCACGCGGCAAUGGAACAAGUUCGGCAGCACCGAGAAACCAAGGACAGUUUAUCGAAGGGUCCGAGGCUUAUGCUGGGUGAGAAUCAAGGAUUUUUGUUGACUUCGCAAGCUUUUUGAACUUUUUUGUCACCUAAAAAUCCCUAUUCAUCCCAAAAAUUGUGUAUUUUCUGAGAAGAUUCGUCUACUUUUUUGCUUUAAAAUUGAUAUUAUAACUUUGCAGUAAAAUAGAAAGAAAUUCUACUUUCUGUAUUUAUGAAUAAAAAAAUUUUUCAUGGCUGUAUGAAACUUUAUUAAACCUGGAUUAAAAACUGUCUUAUUUUUUAAGCAUUGGAGAAUUUUUUUCCUGAUAAAUCAAAUCGGUAGAUAUCAAUUUGGCAAAAAAAUGCGCAGCCGAAAAAAAGAUUUAAUUUUUUUCAUAAACAUAAGAUUAAAAAAACUUUCUCUGUUGAAAUUCUAUACUCAACAAUGUUCUCAAUGGGUGGUCAAUUGGUCAAAAAAGUCAAAAUUCCAUCUCAAACAAUUUUUGAUAAUUAUGAUCAAAAUUGUUGCUACAGUACUGGUCCUAAAAGAUAUGCCUGUUUGGUUUUUUUGGGCUACAACUUCGCUAAAGAAAAUCAGAAUUCACUGAAUUUUUCGAUAUUCCAGAAAAAAAUAUACAACUAAAAAUAAGAAAAAUUUUUUUCUGAAACCAUGUAAUUUCAAGAAAAAUCUUAUGGAAAAAAAGUUGAAAAAUCCAGAGUUUUGACAUUUUCAGUGAUGCAGAGCAACAGUUUUUUACUUGAACAUGACAUAAUGUUAUUUUAAUCUGUUUGAGACGUUAGUAUGCACAACAUAUUGAAAUUUCAGUAUGUUCUGAUCGUUUAGACCGAAGUUAUAGCCAAAAAUCAGUUAGGCAUAUCUUUAUGGCCAGUACUGUAGGUUUGGCAGAAGAAGAGGAAUUAACUUUUCGAGUUUUCUGCAUUUUCACUCAAUUUUCCUUCCAGUCGGCCCCACAGACGUCGGAAAAAGCACGGUGGGGCGAAUUUUGUGCAACUAUGCAGUUCGGCAAGGUAGAACGCCAGUUUAUGUGGAUCUUGAUGUGGGGCAGGUUAAAAUGAUUAUACUUCCACACGAAUUAUAAUUUUCAAGGGCUCAAUAUCGAUUCCGGGAACGAUUGGGGCGACAUUGAUACAGAAAACGGCGGAUGUUGUGGAAGGAUUCGAACGGGAACAUCCCCUUGUUUAUAAUGUUUUGAAUUUUUUUGAAAUAUGGAAAAUGAGGAAUUUUUAGUUUGGCUAUGCGACGCCGUCGGCCAACAUUUCGUUAUAUGAAACUUUGGUGAAAGAAUUGGCCGAUACCGUCACGAGACAGGUUAGUAUGUAGUCUGCUCAGAUUUUGAAUGUCAAGUCGGCAAGCUCCGCCCCUAAUGGCGCGAGUCACCCAUAGAGCGUUUUCAAAUGACGUCAUUUUACUUGACAUUCAAAAUCUGAACGUAAUUUAUGCCGUUAGCAAAGUGAUGUCCGCAAAACGCAAAUUUAUCUCUGACUCUCCAAGUUUUAGUUAUCUUUUCUUUCUCUGACAGCUAUUUUCAAUUCCGUGGAAUCACUUUGAAGCACUAGAAAAUCAGAGAAGAAUAGAAAAUUUCAGUUUCACUUUUUAAAAGCGAACUUUUUUCGAUUUUUGCGACGUUUAUCUUCUAUGUUGUAAGUGAUUCAAGGCUUACUUGAGCCAACGAAAAAUUGGUCCUGACACGAUAAAUAAAAAAAAAUGGUGUCCUGUGGUGGAGAGCGCAGACAGGCCACGCCUCUUAGUGUCCCAAGCUAGCCUUGAAUCGACUAUAACUUUUCAAACAAAAAAUAAAAGCAGUAAAUGGAUCUACGGAUAGUUAUAAUGAAUUAAAUCUCCUGAAAUGAAAAUUUGUGUCUAAAUGGAUGAAGGAAGCCGACAUUUCAGGUCUCAGAAAACGAUGAAGCACGAAUCGGAGGGAUGAUUAUCAAUACGUGUGGCUGGGUGACGGGUGAAGGGUGAGUUUUAGUCUUGGAAAAAGAAAAAUUAUGAAAUUGUGGAUCUUUGGGGAAGGUAUCCUGAAGAACAUUCGAAUUUCAAGGACUUCAGAAAUAAAAAAUUAGUUUCGAAAGAACAUUAGAAGAAAUAAGCAAAAAAAUUGGGUGGUAUGAAAAGAACACCAGCGAAAAAAAUCAAACGGCGACUUUUUCCGAUUUUUUUCAUAUCGCUAGGGAACUUUCCGACGGCCACCUUUCCGACGAAAUUUUUUUCCGACUUUUUUUCCCUUAUAUUUUUUUCGGUUUAUAAGACGUCUAUUUACAUUUUUCCUAUUUCUUUGUGUUUUUAAUCAUGAACCAACUACCUACUUUAUAUAGGAAGAUUUAAAAACAAAGAUUUUAUCAAGAAAAAAAGUCGGAAAAAAAUUUCGUCGGAAAGGUGGCCGUCGGAAAGUUCUCUAGCGAUAUGAAAAAAAUCGGAAAAAGUCGCCGUUUGAAUUUUCGCUGGUCUUUUUCAUACCAUAGCAAAAAAAUUACUUUUUUUAUCGUUAAUUUUGCGAAAAAAUUUUUUUGAAACUUUUUCUAUUUUUUUGGAUGUCGAAAUGUUCGAGUUUGGUCAGAUUUUGAGUGUUUAUGACGUCAUUCGAAAACGCUCUCUGAUUGGCUUACUCAUUAGGGGCGGAGCUUGAACGACAGCUUGACAUUCAAAAUCUGAACAGAUUAUGUUCAAAAAUGCAAAAGAAAAAGUCAUUUUUCAUCAUAUACAGCCCAAAAACACAUUUUCCUUUCAAGAUAUUCCUGCCUGAGCAUGGCCGCCUCGGCCUUCGAAGUCGAUGUGAUUGUUGUUUUGGACCAUGAAAGGCUCUACAACGAUUUGAGUCGCGAUUUACCGCCAUUUGUUAAGGUUUCAUUAAUUUGAAGAAAAUAUUCGAAAAAAUGAGUUCAGCUUCUCCAUCAACCGAAAUCUGGAGGCGUUGAAACCAGAUCCAAGGAAUCUAGGGUGCUUGCGAGGGCGGCUUCGAUUCACAGGGUAAAAAUUGGUAUUUUGUGGAAAAUUUGAACAAAAGCUGUAUUAAAGCACUCAUUUUUCAAUUUUUAGCCGUUAUAUUGGGUAUUUUUGUUAUUUUAAGCCUCCCAACUUGGUUCAUUAAGCUUUAAAAAAUGAAUUUUUUUCAGGAUUCGUAAAGUUCGAUCAAUAUAUCGUUGUUUUUGCAGUCUUUUAGGAACCUUUAGGGAUCAAAAAUGAGUUUUUUUGAUGUACAAAACGUUCAUUUCGUAACCCCCCAAAAAAAUUAUGAAUUUUUUUCAUUUCCAGUACUUCUACGGGACCCGAUCUCAUCAUCUAUUUCCUUUCACUUUUGAUAUCCAGGUCUCGGAUGUGAUUUUGUGCAAAAUCGGGACUGAAAAGGUUUUUUUUUCAAUUUUCUUCAAUUCAAAUGGGUUUUCUUUAGAUUCCCGAAUCGUGUCUACCUUUUGGCGUCGAGCCAGAGAAUCAUGAAACGAAGGUUCGAAUUUUGAAAAUUUAAAAAGCAGAUUAACAAAUUUUUAAUUGCUUUUUUAAAAAUUAUAUCUUGAGAAUUUUGGCGUCGAGCCACGAAUUGUAAUACUUCAGGUGGUCGACAUGAGCCUGGCUCCUGACCUUGUUCAUCACCUAUUCGCCCUGAGCCCCUGUACCGAAAUCGGCCCGGCGGUGACCAAAGCCAGCGUCAUGGGCUUCAUCUUGGUUACGGCGGUAAUAUUUCGAUCCCUAAUUGAUUAAUUACCUACAUCUAAGUACAGGUGAACAUGGAGACCUCGUCAAUGACAGUUCUAUGCCCACAAAACGUCCUACCGACAAAAGUGCUCGUCUACAUGGAUCUCACACACGUUGACGAUCAAGUUCAACGAUAA